UUCAAGCAGCCAGUGGGAUCUUCUGCUUAUUCAUCUCAUAUCGUCCAAGCUAUCAAACUAGGAAGGCAUGGGAAUCUGCAAAUAUUUCAUCAAAAUUGCCAACAAUGGAAGAAUUUGUUAGAUUCAUUCAGGACCGGUGUGCUCUCUUGGAAACAUUAACUUCAAACAAAUGUUCGAGCAAAACGGAACAUAAACCUAUUGAGUAUAGACACAACCGCAAGACGUUUGUCACCUCGAGUGGAAACAGUAAUAAUAAAUGUCUUUUUUGCAAGCAGGGACAUUUAAUAUUUUAUUGUACAGAGUUCCUGAAAUUGUCCAUCAAAGCAAGACGCAAUGAAGUGAAAAGGUUGAGACUAUGUUUUAAUUGUCUCAAACUCAAUCACCAGGUAGGAUCAUGUGCAUCGAGAGGUUGUAAGAAUUGUGGACAGAAGCAUAAUUCCCUGUUACACAUGAAUACCACACCCGAGGAAAAUGGAAAGGACACAAAACACACUGAGAUUGUUAUCAAGAGUGAAGAAGUCAAGCCUGUGGAUAAUCAAAGCAGUCUCGUUUCGAUUAUGUCAUCCACGGAUUCCACAGAAGUUUUGCUGGCAACAGUGAUUAUUGACAUUGUUGAUAAUGAAGGAAAGUACAUACAGGAUAGAGGAAUAUUGGACUCAGGAUCCCAGUCCAAUUUGAUGACAACGGAACUUGCCGAAAGGUUGAAGUUGCCAACAGACAAGGUCGAUAUUCCAGUAGUGGGCAUCAAUCAAGGACUCACACACAUCACUGAAAUAACUAGAGCAAAACUCAAAUCUAAGGUAAAUUCUUAUCAAGUAGAUUUGACAUUCUUGAUUUUAAAUAUUAUCACAGAAUAUUAA